AUGAAGGUUCUCAGCAAGGAAGAGGAGGCAGAGCACUACCAGGUUGUCGUCAAGGGCGGACUGUUGGGCGGCAGUCUCGGUCUAGGUGUCGGUCUCGCGGGUGUUCUCUUCGCCUCUAGACGCUACCCAGCUUUCCGCCAGUUGACGCUUCCUUUCCGCUCUUUCCUCGUCACCUCGUCGGCCACUUUCGGCGCCAUCGUCAAUGCCGACCGCGCCUCUAUCCGCUACGGUCAUGAGAAGGACCCUAUGUUCGGCUACCAGGACGCUACGGCGCGUGCCGUCGCUGAAGCCAAGGCCAAGGAGACGACGAUGCAGAAGUUCAAGCAGUGGGGCCGCGAGAACAGAUACUCCAUUGUUUUUACCUCGUGGCUUGCCUCCAUGGGUGUCGCCUUCGCCUUGGUAAACCGCAACAAGUACCUUACCGGUGCUCAGAAGCUCGUCCAAGCUCGUGUUUACGCCCAAGGCCUCGCCGUCGUCAUGCUUGUUGUUACCGCCGCAUUUGAGAUGAACGACGCCAAGACGGGCUCUGGUCGCUGGGAGACAGUUAUGAUCAUCGACCCUGAGGACCCCGAGCACAAGCACCUCAUCGAGAAGAAGAUCCACAAGGAGGAUUACGAGGGUCAGGACCUGUGGAAGGACAUGGUCGCUGCCGAAGAGCGCCGCAUCGCUGCCCGCAAGGCUGCCGAGCAGAAGUGA